UAGCUGCUUUAACAGGCGCGAACGGGGCCGAAUAGGCGCCUUAAUAAAAACGGGUGGACAGGGAUCCUAACGCAUCAUCGGAAUUACUGCCUUUUUCUGGAUUUACUAUUUUUAAAUUCAUGUAAAGUCAGUCAUUCAUUUUAGACCGUAUACAUUGAUCAUUUUUAAGUAGGAAACAGGCACAAGGAAAAAAAACUCGGAAAUGAAGUUAACAGGAAUAUUUUUGUUAGUGAUGCUGUGGAGCUGCGAGGGCGCCAGAGUGGCAGAGAGCAGAGAUGACAACAGCGUCUACGACCUGUUCGAGCUCGUGCAGGUGCCGAAGAAGAACCACGGCGUGACCAUGGUGAAAGGAGACGACCCCUACAGUCCCGCCUACAAAAUCCUGAACCCCGACCUGAUCCCCCCGGUGCCCGAGAGCGCCUUCAGGGACCUCAUGUACUCCGUUCAGGCGGAGAGGGGCUUCCUGCUGCUGGUCAACUUCAAGCAGUUCAGGCGCACCAGAGGCGCGCUGCUGACCGUGGAGAAGCUCGACGGCUCCGGGCCCGUCUUCGAGAUCAUCUCCAACGGCAAGGCGAACACGCUGGACGUGGUCUUCUCCACCGAGAACAAGCAGCAGGUGGUGUCCAUCGAGGACGCGGACCUGGCCACGGGCCACUGGAAGAACAUCACGCUCUUCGUGCAGGACGACCGCGUUCACUUCUAUGUGGGAUGCGAGGAGAUCAACAUCGCCGAGCUGGACGCGUCCAUCCAGAACAUCCUGACCCCCGACACCCCGGGGGUGGCGAAUCUGAGGAUCGGCAAGGGGGCGGUGAACGACAAGUUUAUGGGUGUGCUCCAAAACGUGCGAUUUGUUUUUGGGACAACGCUGGAAGCAAUUUUGCGGAAUAAAGGAUGUCAAAGCUCAAUCAUGACUGACACGAUCACCCUGGACAAUCCCGUGAAUGGAUCCAGGCCAGCCAUCAGGACCGACUACACUGGCCACAAGACAAAAGAUCUACAGAUGAUUUGUGGCUUUUCCUGUGACGACUUAGCUAGCAUGUUUAAGGAACUAAAGGGUCUUGGUGUGGUGGUGCAAGAGCUGUCCAACGAGCUUCGUAAAGUGACAGAUGACAACAAUCUGCUCAAGAAACAGAUGGGAAUUUAUGGUGGUGUCUGUCUCCACAAUGGCAUUGUGCAUAAGGACAAGGAGGAAUGGACAGUGGACGACUGCACUGAGUGCACUUGCCAAAACUCAGCGACAGUGUGUCGUAAGAUCUCCUGUCCCCUGAUUCCCUGUGCCAAUGCAACUGUGCCUGAUGGUGAAUGCUGCCCCCGGUGUGGAACUCCGAGCGACUCUGCCGAGGAUGGCUGGUCCCCCUGGUCUGAAUGGACCCAUUGUUCUGUGUCUUGUGGAAGGGGCAUUCAGCAGCGUGGCCGCUCCUGCGACCGCAUCAAUAACAACUGCGAGGGCACGUCUGUGCAGACCAGAGACUGCUACCUCCAGGAGUGCGACAAGCGCUUCAAGCAAGAUGGCAAUUGGAGCCACUGGUCACCAUGGUCCUCUUGCUCAGUUACUUGUGGAUCUGGCGUCAUCACACGCAUUCGUCUCUGCAACUCUCCUACACCACAGCUGGGAGGAAAAGACUGCCAGGGUCAAGGCAGGCAGACUGAGAAGUGUGAGAAGUCACCAUGUCCAAUCAAUGGUGGCUGGGGACCAUGGUCGCCCUGGGAUGCCUGCUCGGCUACCUGCGGAGGAGGCGUCCAGAACCGCAAACGCCUUUGCAAUGAUCCGCCACCCAAGCAUGGAGGCAAAGACUGUGUGGGAGAUGCAACAGUAACUCAACUCUGCAAUAAGCAGGCCUGCCCUAUUGAUGGAUGUCUGUCCAAUCCUUGCUUUGCUGGAACCCAGUGCACGAGCUUCCCAGAUGGUUCAUGGAAGUGUGGAAAAUGUCCAGCAGGUUACACUGGCAAUGGCAUCAACUGCAAGGAUAUUAAUGAGUGCAAGGAGGUUCCUGAUGCUUGCUUUGAGUUCAAUGGAGUCCACAGGUGUGAAAAUACAGAACCUGGGUACAACUGCCUGCCUUGUCCUCCUCGCUACAGUGGCCCACAGCCAUUUGGCCGUGGAGUGGAGGAAGCUGCUGCAAAGAAACAGGUGUGCACACCUCGUAACCCCUGUCUUGAUGGAACUCAUGACUGCAAUAAGAAUGCCCGGUGCAACUACCUGGGACAUUUUGCAGAUCCAAUGUACCGCUGUGAGUGCAAGCCUGGCUAUGCUGGGAAUGGAUACAUCUGUGGAGAAGACACUGAUUUGGAUGGCUGGCCUAAUGCUGACCUUGUGUGUGUGGAGAAUGCCACCUAUCACUGCAAGAAGGACAACUGCCCGAACCUUCCAAACUCAGGCCAGGAGGACUAUGACAAGGAUGGAAUUGGUGAUGCUUGUGAUGAUGAUGAUGACGACGAUGGCAUUCCUGAUGACAGGGACAACUGCCCAUUCAUCUUCAAUCCCAGACAGUACGACUAUGAUCGCGAUGAGGUCGGAGAUCGUUGCGACAACUGUCCAUACAACAGCAACCCUGACCAGACUGACACGGACAGCAAUGGCGAAGGCGAUGCAUGUGCCGUGGACAUUGACGGAGAUGGUAUUCUGAAUGAGAGGGACAACUGUCCUUAUCUGUACAAUGUGGAUCAAAGGGAUACGGAUCUGGAUGGGGUUGGUGACCAGUGUGAUAACUGCCCUCUUGAGCAUAAUCCUGACCAGCUCGACACAGACUCUGACCGUGUGGGAGAUAAGUGCGACAGCAACCAGGACAUAGACGAAGAUGGCCAUCAAAACAACCUGGACAACUGCCCUUACAUUCCCAAUGCCAACCAGGCUGAUCAUGACAAGGAUGGCAAAGGAGACGCUUGCGAUUAUGAUGAUGAUAAUGAUGGCAUUCCUGAUGAUAAAGACAACUGCAGACUGGCUUUCAACCCAGAUCAGUUGGACACUGAUGGUGACGGACGUGGUGAUGCUUGUAAGGAUGACUUUGACCAGGACAAUGUUCCAGACAUCUAUGAUGUGUGCCCAGAGAACUUUGACAUCAGUGAGACAGACUUCCGCAAGUUCCAGAUGGUGCCUCUGGACCCCAAGGGCACAUCUCAGAUUGAUCCCAACUGGGUUGUCCGUCAUCAAGGCAAAGAGUUGGUUCAGACAGUUAACUGUGACCCUGGCAUUGCCGUUGGUUUUGAUGAGUUCAAUGCAGUGGACUUCAGCGGGACCUUCUUCAUUAACACAGAGCGAGAUGACGACUAUGCUGGAUUUGUGUUUGGUUACCAGUCCAGCUCUCGCUUUUAUGUGGUGAUGUGGAAGCAGAUUACUCAGACCUACUGGUCCAGCACACCCACCAAGGCACAGGGCUAUUCAGGGUUGUCCAUCAAAGUAGUCAAUUCCACCACUGGACCAGGUGAACACCUAAGGAACGCUCUCUGGCACACUGGGGAUACUCCAGGACAGGUGCGCACUCUCUGGCAUGACCCCAAGAAUGUUGGUUGGAAGGAUUUUACUGCUUAUAGAUGGCAUCUGACUCACAGGCCAAGAACAGGACACAUAAGAGUUGUCAUGUAUGAAGGAAAGAAGAUCAUGGCAGAUUCUGGAAGAAUCUAUGACAAAACUUACGCAGGUGGACGACUAGGUCUCUUUGUCUUCUCACAAGAGAUGGUAUACUUCUCAGACCUCAAAUAUGAAUGCAGAGAUGUAUAACUGCACAAGCAGAAGAAUCUUGGAAAAACGCACCUUUCUGUAUAAACAAGAAUAUGUAUACCGUGCAAAGUCCAGGGACAAAUUUUUCGCUACUUUUUCCUUCUGUGGCACGCACUCUGGUGGGGCAGAAAAAUCACGUGGUCAGUUUUAAGGUAACCGAUGCUGGUUUGAACAGAGCCCAGCUGACUGCCCACGGAGAAUCAGGACCCCUCCACCAAGAGCAGGUAGAGCAGAAAAAAGCCCCCAUCGCUUUGCUUGAUCGGAAAGACUGAUCUCUCUCUGAAAAACCUCAUUCAGAUCUGUGUGGGAAGGGCUCCCUGCAGACAACUAUGCACUUCACAAUCCUCUCUCUCUCUUUUCUCUCUGAAUGGAUAUUCAAAGAUGGGGCCAAUUCCGAGACCUUAAUCCUCUGAAAUCAAAACUAAACAGAAUAAUGAGGCUUUAACACAUUGAGGCAAAUUACCAACUGGAACGUCUUGGUUCUACCACAAUAUUCAUGUGUUUCCAUGUAGUUAAAACAAAUCUGAAAAUACAAAAACAAGUAUUUGACUAUGGAGAAAACAAAUAUAUUGUUUCAAUUCAACUUUGAUAAAUAGAUUUUUAUCUACAUAUCAAAACAAAUGCAUUUCUUCCCUUCUAGGGACGAUAUCUAUUUUUUCCCUAGUUAUUCGAACACAAGACAAGUAGGUCUGCUAAUAAAGUUGAGCCAGAUAAUUGCAAAUUAUUUGGCAGACUCUGAAAGAAAGUUUUAGGUUACUCCCAUUUAUGGGUGGUGGGAUGUGAACAACUAGGUAAGUUGUGGGCAUAGUUUCCUCAGGGUGAGAUGGGUUAUACCAUCUUAACAAAUAUUUCAGUUAACGUAUACUCUUAAAAAAGGUGCCAAAAAGCGUUCUUUGUGUAAAAAGAACCUUUUUAAAGGUUUAAAGAACCUACAGAUAGUGAAGACACACCAUAAUGUUUAAUCAUGACAGAUUAUACCCACAAUACUUGUAACACGUCACUUAUAUUGCUGGACAUAAUCUGUCAUGACAUGACAUGUUUAUGGGAUGGUUAUGUCAAUGGGCCUCAUUCAACAAUGUCUUCCAAAGGUUUUUCUUAAAUUUGUUCUUGAAUAAAGUCCUAAGAAAAAGUCUACAUUAGAUUCAUCACAUAGAUUCUCCUCUAUCCCAAAUAAGAAAACACUGGCGAAUGUCAGAAUCAUUGUGAAAACUGCAUAAGUGGAUUUUAAACAGAAAUUUCUCAAGAACGGUUGGUGAACGAGGCCCAUUUUCAUGUAACAACGUUUAAGAAAAAGUUACCAUGAAGGUUCUAUACCAAUUUAAGGGUUCUUCCUAGAAACUUUACAUUAUGUGGAGGUUAUGUAAACUCUGAAAAGGUUUUUCACACUGACACAAAAUGGUUCUCUAAAGAACCAUCCAUUGAAAGCUUCUUGAGGGAACCAAAAGUAGUUGUUCUAUGGCAUGGCUACAACAAAGAACCCUUUUAUUGGUACCGUUAUUUUUAAGUGUAGUGGAAGGCUAUGUUGAAGAGGGCUUGGACAGAGCCGGGUUCAGAAGUCAGUGUGGAGUGAUUAAACUUUGGUUUUCAUAGUCCUGAGAGGUGAAAUGAAAGACUUCUUUACAAAAGGCUGAUUCACUUAAAAGCACUUGCAAAAUUCCAGUUGAAACUGGAUUGAUUGGACCAUGGAUUCUGUGCAACUUCUGUAUUUAAUAGCAAUAGAUAGCAGUAAGGGUUUUUUGGGGAACACCCUAAUUUUGUACAUAAUCUUAUUUAUCAUCUAUAAUAGAAUAAUAUCUAACAGCAAAUUCUCUCUAAAAACAUGCACAGUGUCACUGGUCAUGGAUAUCACAAAGGCUCUGCCCAAAGCACUCCACUACACCCUUCCCUAGCAUUUUAAUAGAUCACUUAUAGGGGAGGAGUUCAGAACAGUGUGUUUGACCUGUGUGCCUUUUCUGUAGAGAGUUAAAGGAAUACAAUGUACAAAUAUUACCUCAAUACUGUUGUAUAAUUUGAUCAAUACAAAAUAUUUUCAUAAUGUUAAAGAAAGCAAAUUGGUUACCUACAUACUGCUACUGUAGCACAAGCUGUAAAUAGUAUUUCUUUCUCAAGAAGCACCCUGCCUUCAACCCUUAUGGUAAAUAGAGCAAGAUGGGAGUUUUUUUUAUGCUAGUGCUUCAAGUGUCCAGUACUUUUUUUAAAACAGAUAAAUUAUUGUGCUGUUUGUUGUCUGUAAGACUAUGUUUCAAAUGAGAAAGUGUGUAUGUGUGCGCAUGUGUGUAUGCAUGUGUGUGUGAGUGUGCGUGUGUAGAUAAGUGCUAUUUAAAUAAUUUAUCAGGAAAUGCAGCCUCAGGAGGCAUUUCCAUCUGUAUAAACGGUUUGCACACUGACGUGAGGAUGUUUUGCUCUUUAUUGUUUUUACUUUUUUGUCCUUAUUAUUUUUGUACAAUUAGUGAUGCUUGUCUGUAAACAUUUUACUUAGUUGUAUGAUGCAAAAUGCUAUUUUUUAUUCAUAGCAAUUAUUUUGGUACAUAUUUCAGAACAAUAAAAACUGUUAAACCUUG